CGGGAAAAAAAAAACUUUAAAAGCACAACGGCCACAAAUGGAGGCUGUAGAAAAUGGCUCCGUCCAGAUCUUCCCAGCACACGGCGGGUAAGUCACAGUGGAUUUUCAGAGCAUUAGAUUGCCCGUGUAGCACACUUCAGACUGAUGAACGGUACCCAGGCUGACGGCAGAAGAUGAUGGAGAAGGCCGAGAAUCAGUCUCCUCCUGCCACUGGAGAUUCUCACAGCCCCAUGAAGGUUGAGCCAGGGCAAAUUAUUGACUCCCCCACUAAUGAGGGAGAGAGUGUGGACGUCACAACCCCAGCUUUGGGAUCUACCAUCAGGGAUGUCACUCAAUCAAACAAACAGGAUGCACCAGAACCGGUUUCCAUGGAAACCCCUCUGAGCUCUUCGGAAGGCCUCCCGUUGGAGGUGCCAGUGAUCAGCCUGGGACACAGCAAGAUCCACACAGUGAACGACGGCCACCAGAUCAAUGGAGGGGUUAGGACCAUACAGACCACCGAACUGACUGCCCUGUGCCCCAUCCUACCUCUCAUCCCAGGCUCGGACAGCAGGAUGGUGCAUCUUUCACACCACUCCAUGUCACCACUCCCAAUGCAGAGUCCUCUCAUUGGCUCACAGUAUCGUGCACAUCCCUUGAUCAACAGUGCCUAUAUUGGAGCUACAAGCACGUUCAGUAUAUUUCCAAGCAGCAGGGUCAAAAGGAGAUCGUCAAGCCAUUACGAAAUGGAGAUGCAUGAAGGUCGGUGGAUCCCAUCUUGGCUAUUGGCCCUACGUCCAGUACAUGGAUAUUUGGAAUCAACACCUCUCCCACAGAGCUCUUCCUUGUUUCAGGAUCUUCCCAAUGGGAAUAAAAGUCCUCCUCAGAAGGUUGUCCGGAGAAUGUUCACCAACAGCCGGGAGCGAUGGAGACAGCAAAACGUGAACGGGGCCUUCUCGGAUCUUCGCAAACUCAUCCCCACUCACCCUCCAGACAAGAAGCUCAGUAAGAAUGAGAUCUUGCGCCUGGCCAUGAAAUACAUCAACUUCCUGGUGAAGCUUCUCAAUGACCAGACUAGACAGCAGCAGCCAGAUGACAAGGGCUGGCCAGCGGCCAAGAGGAAUGGGAUGUGUGGUCCCUUGGCUGGGGGAGUCGCGGUGGUGGACACUGCGCCUCAGAGCACAGGGGCAGCCUCACCUUCCGAUGCCCUCGCUGCCCCACAGAAACAGAUGGGCCUGGUGGGUAUGGCAGCAAUGGCGGUACGAAGACAAUUGUCGUCCAUCACCAGCGCAACGUCACCAUCGACCGGUUGCUACGGCGACUGCAGGAGUCCUAAUACUGAAGAAGAGGAUGACCAGGAGUGUUUGAUAAAAACAGAGGCAGAGGCAGGCAAAGUGAAACUAGUCUCAGCCGUGGCUCAGAGAUGAUAAAGGGUCAGCCUGAUCAGGGCAGGGGAAGAGGCAUUUCCAUUAAACUUCCAGGCCAAGCAGGUGGCCUGUUCCUAUUUGUACUGGGGUCAAAGAUCACUCAGAAUCACAUCAUUGACAUCAAGAAGCCAAAUUCAAGGAUGGAUUUAACUAACUCCUGCCCUUCUAGAGCAGUUACCUUGUUGAUGUACCUAGAGGCAACUCAGAGCCCAAUGACUCUGUACUGAUUGCCCUAUCCAUUACUCGGAUGUGUGAUGUUUCAACGUGACCAAUGAUGAAUAAGCUGUACAUUUUGACAAUUGUAAGUCUGCUUAUUGAGGGUGACCUGAAGGACAAGUUGCCUGAAAUCCCAGCACCUGUUGUACACCAUCAACAAUCAAUGACAGUUAUUCAAGGAGAUGUGAUUAAAGAUUUGUCAGGGAACAACUUAUGGAUUCACAUUGGAACGAUCUGCUCCCCCUCCCCACUCUGUUGUUACCAUUUUGUGGUCAGUCGGGGGGGUGGGGGGAGGAGAGAAUUAUGUGUGCUCAGAAAGUUCUCCUUUGACGGGCCGUGUGAGUAGCAAGAGUUAACAGGCUGGUUGACUGAGAGAGCCAUCACUAUCUCAGCUGGUGCUGAUGGAUAUACCCACAUCUGUACAUCCCAAUAAGAAUUUUCUUUCAAGCAACAGCAAGAGCAAGGUUUAUUUUUGCAUCCCUAAUUUAGGGAUAAUGAAACCUUCCAGAAAAGAAGGACUGCAGUUAGUAGAUCCAAGGAAGGCGGAUAAUCUCUGGGGUUGUAGGAGAUGACUUCACCUAGCUAAAAGCAGGUCUCAGUCACAUGUGCAGGAAUUUAAUGAAUUGGUCUUGGCAGUGGAGGAGUUUCCUUCACUCACACCUCAAACUGGGCCUGAACUUUUCCUCUUUUCUACAAUAAUAAAAGGCAAUUGUUGUAGCAAACAAUCUGCUGGAAGAACUCAGCAGUUCAAUCCGCCUCUCCUGGGGGUUGUGGUGGGGGGGAAACAAUUGUCAAUGUUUUGGAUUGAAACUGUCCCAAUGUGGGGCUUAAACCUAAAAUAUUGAAAAUUCCUUCCCUGUGCCUCACAGAUAGUGUUUGACCUACUGAUUUCCUCUAGGAGAUUGUGCCUUACUCCAGAUUCCAGCACCUACAGUCUCUGGUGCCUCUGUUUUUCAAAGUAUUUUAUAAUAUCAACUGGGCCAUUUCCACUAAAAGUGUCACAGGAGAUUCUGCAGUUGCUGGAAAUCAUAAAUAACACACACACAAAAUGCUGGAAGAACAAUUAUGGAGGGGGUAAACAGCUGACAUUUUGGGGAGACCAUUCAUCAGCCUGGCAUUUUGUGUGUGUUGCUCCAACAGUACAUGUUGAAAGGCAGGUAUAUGUCAAAGUACGUGUAUGUUGCCCAACAGUAGCAGUUAGGGGUAGACACAUACUGACAUGGGGGUGCGAGGAAAGCAGAAAGAUGGUGGAGAAAAAGCAAUGAAUAAAAACUUUGGACACAAUAAAUAUCUUGGAAUGUGUACACAUUGUAUAGAGUUCCUAAGAUGCAAAUCAUUAUAAAAAUCAAAA